GACCAAUCAACUCUACACUCGCACCUCUUAGGGUCAUUCUCCUCAAUUGACCCUUCUCAAUUUCAUCUUUCUAGGGUUUCAGUUUUACACUUUUUCCUCUACAAUCACAGCCACAUAUUCAGAUAUACAGUGUAAUUCUAUUGAUUUUUGAAGAAAAGAUGAAGCUUUUGGUGGAUUCAUCAACCCCGUCAUCAUCAUCAGCUUGUAAAGAGAUUAAGGUUUUUGGAGAAAGUAAUGUUUUUCCACCUGGGUUUAGGUUUCACCCGACAGAUGAGGAGCUUGUUGUGUACUACUUGAAGAGGAAGAUCUGUCGGCGUCGGAUCUUGCUUGAUGCUAUUGCUGAGACUGACGUGUACAAGUGGGACCCUGAAGAUUUGCCUGAUUUGUCUAAGUUAAAAACUGGAGACAGGCAGUGGUUCUUCUUUAGUCCCAGAGAUCGAAAAUAUCCCAACGGAGCACGGUCAAACAGGGCAACAAAGCACGGGUAUUGGAAAGCUACUGGAAAGGAUCGUAUUAUUACAUGCAACUCUCGUGCAGUUGGAGUCAAGAAGACACUUGUCUUUUAUAAAGGCCGAGCACCUGUAGGUGAACGGACAGAUUGGGUGAUGCAUGAAUAUACCAUGGAUGAAGAAGAGCUAAAAAGAUGCGAGAAUGCACAGGACUACUAUGCGCUUUACAAGGUCUUUAAGAAGAGCGGGCCUGGCCCCAAGAAUGGUGAGCAAUAUGGUGCACCUUUUAAAGAGGAGGACUGGGCUGAUGAUGAGUGUCCGGUAGCCGAAGUCUCUGUUCAGCAGCAGGAGAAUUCCACAAAGCACGUUAAUGAAGUUCCAGCUGCUGCUGCUGAUGCCCUUGAGGAACUGCUGAAACGUAUUGCAGAUGAUGAGCCUGUGCUUCUUGAGCCUUUCUUUGUAGAUAACGACUAUGCAUUGGAUCAGCUUGUACAAGAGGAAGAUACUGAAAGUACCUUGCUAGAUCAGUCCUCAAGGGAAGUUAAUUUGUACAAUCAUUGUGCUGUUGUUGGCCCAAGCUGCCAGCAGUAUAAUGUGAACGCAAGCUUUGACCUGACACAAUCAGGCACAUCACAAUUGCAGUUGCACGAGGCAGCGGAGGUCUCAUCUGCUCCUGUGAAUCCUGAAAAGCCACUACAUGCGGUGGAAGAGGAUUUCCUGGAAGACUUUCUGGAGAUGGAUGACCUUCUUGGUCCAGAACCGAGUGUUCAAAACUUUGAUGAUUCAGCACUCUCUAUUCAAAACUUUGAUAAUCAAACACCAAAUGGUCAAAUCUUCGACAAUCCUGCUGGAAACCUGGAGACUGUGCAGUUUGAUGGCUUCGAUGGCUUAGGAGAAUUUGACCUGUAUGAUGCACACUUGAUUCUUGAUAAUGAGGGGACAACGGUGGGGCAAAAUGGUGAACCAUAUAUGAACAACUUUGUGAAUGGGAUUGCAUACCCAGAUUCCACUACAUACAUGAGCACUUUCCAAAAUGACAUAAUGAACAACCGGCAGAUGCACUUGAAUCAUGAAAACCAGAUAAACCAUCAAUUGUGGAGACAUGAUGAAAGUUUCAACGUCUUUAACCCCAUUGAAGGAGACCAAUCAGUUGUUCAUCAAGCAACUUCAGGUGUGGUAUAUGAUAAUAAUACAAAUCAUCCUAUGGGCGCAAAUCAAAAUCCAGUAGCCAAAAAGGAUGAUGGUGCACAAUCGUGGAUUUCCUCUAAUUUGUGGGCUUUCGUGGAUUCUAUACCCACCACGCCUGCUUCAGCUGCUGAAAGUGCUCUAGUUAGCAGGGCCUUUGAGCGUAUGUCUAGCUUUAGUAGGAUGAAAUUAAAUGCCAGGAACAUAAAUGUUGCUGCAGGUAAUACCUCUGCAACUUCAAGUAGUUCGGGCAAAUCCAAGAAUGGAUUUUUUUGUUUUUCUUUACUUGGAGUACUUUGUGCAGUCUUGUGGGUGUUAAUAGGAAUUUCUGAUAAAAUCUUUGGGAGAUAUAUAUCCUCAUGAAUAUGUGAAGAGUUUUGCUUUGCUAAUUUAUCAUCUGGCUUCUUGCCAGAAUCAAUGGAAAGCUGAGCACAUAAUUUACAAUAAUAGGAAA